UAAUAUAUUAUGUAUAUGUGUAUGCACCGGGUUUUCCCCAUCCUUCAAGAAGCUUUCCCUGCACUAGCGUUUCUUAUCAACGCUCAGGGUCGCAAAUACGUUAAAGAUUACUUCAAUCGUUUGAGCUUAUUUCAGUCUUGCUCAAGCCGCGAAUCAUCUCAGUAGGGCUUUACAAUGAAACUGGACAUCUGGGUGUUGAUUUUUCCUUGUUUGGCAACUCUUUUGCUCGCAGACCCUGUGGAGAUUUCGCAGCCGGAAAACGCAAAUCUGGAUACCGAAGCUCAGUGCAAUGGAUACUGUUUUUCGGUCUUUAAGCCCAUACUCGAUCAUUUCGUUGAGCUGAAGCAGGGAGCCGACACCAACAAUGAACUGAAAGAGAAAGUAAAUACUUUGAUAUCCACAAACAAGGAAUUGCAAAGCCACAUAAAUCUUAGGGACUACCAAAUCAAGGAGGUGAAUCAAAAACUUGAAGAAGUGGGCUUUCAAGUCAGGAACCAAUCUGAGCUGCUUGCGAGUAAAGAAGAAGUGAUAAGAAACCUGCAGAGCCAGUGGGAAAUCGCUCAAGCUCAACUGAAAAACAAAGAGGAGCUAUUAAACAUAAAAGAAGAUCAAGUCAGAGACAAAGCUGAACAGAUUAAAAGCAAGGAAGAGCUCAUACAGCUUAAGGAUCAACAAAUAAAGGUGAAGGAUGACAGCCUUAAUCAAAAAAUCUCUGAAAACAAUGAGCAAGCCUCUGAAAAUGUGAGAAAAUCCAAUCAAAUCGAUGACCUAAAGCUGCAGAUCAAAUCAGUGUCGGAAAAGCUAACUGAAAAGUCGGAACUGCUGUCCACCUGCAGUCGAUCCGACAGUUGUCCCAUCGAAGGUCCUUCUGGAGUGUACGAAAUGAAAAUGCGCGGAAUAAACUCAUUUGAAAUCCCCUGCAACUCAACGGGCUGGAUGGUCAUUCAGAGACGACUGGACGGCUCCGAGAACUUUAACCGAGACUGGGAGAGUUAUAAAAACGGAUUUGGUAGUGUCAAAGGGGAGUUCUUUAUCGGGCUGGAGAAGUUGCAUCUCAUAACAGCAGCUCGACCGCACGAGCUUUAUGUUAAUCUUAGGGAUGCAAGUGGAACCAGUCGAUACGCCAGAUACGAUGACUUCAAGGUUGGCAGUGAGAAGGAGGCUUAUGAGCUUAAAACGAUAGGAGCAUACUCUGGCACCGCAGGAGAUUCUCUGAAAUAUCAUGAGAAUGUAAACUUUACCACAUUCGACCGCGACAAUGAUGUUAGCGAGGGAAACUGCGCCGAAAACCACUACGGUGGCUGGUGGUUUAAAGAGUGUGCUCAAAGUUCCCUCAAUGGAAAAUAUUACCCAACUGGAAAAAGACCGGAAGGAGAGGAAUAUGGGAUUGUUUGGGGAUCUUGGAACAACUACGAUUACGGCGUGUCGCUUACCUUUGCAGAAAUGAUGAUUAGGCCAAAGACGCCAUGAAAAAUGUUUGAUGCCAACACAAAUACAAAAAACACUUUAUGCUUACUAUAUAGUAACCAAAAAUGUAUUUAUCCUGCAGUGUUAUAUCAUGGAUAUAUUUUAAUAAACAUUACUGAAUCAUA